AGCGCGGGGCAGGGCCGGGGGCGAGACCUCCCAGGAGAGCCCGGCGGGGAAGGCGGGGAGCCGAGGGCGCCGCGGGGGCAGGGGCGCUGGGGCGCUGGGAAAGGCGGGCGGGAGUGGACGCAGCGCAGGCGGCGGCCGCGGGCGCAGGGUGGCAGCGCGCCUCGGCCCAGCGCUGACAGCGCCCCCAUGUCGCGCGGGCCGCGGGUCCCGCGCCCCCAGCCGGAGUUCUGCGUCCCGCGACCGGAGUCGCGGGGAGUCUGAGUCACGGGCCACGCGCGGGCGGCGGGAGCUGCCCCGCGGGUAGUUAUGAAGACGGACCCACGAUGACCAGCAAAGGGAAACAUGCCCCCUUGCAGCUCAGGCGGUCCAUCAGCGAGCAGCUGCGGGACUCCACGGCCAGAGCCUGGGAUCUGCUGUGGAGAAACGUCCGCGAGAGACGGCUGGCAGAAAUCGAGGCAAAGGAAGCAUGCGACUGGCUCCGGGCCGCCGGGUUCCCGCAGUACGCCCAGCUGUACGAGGAUUCACAAUUUCCCAUCAACAUUUUGGCUGUCAAGAACGAUCAUGAUUUUCUGGAGAAGGACCUUGUAGAACCUCUUUACAGGCGGCUAAACACGUUGAACAAGUGUGCCUCCAUGAAACUUGAUGUGAACUUCCAAAGGAAAAAGGGCGACGACUCGGACGAGGAAGACCUCUGCAUCAGCAACAAAUGGACUUUCCAAAGAACCAGCCGGCGCUGGUCUCGUGUGGACGACCUGCACACGCUGCUUCCGGGGGGCGACCGUGGCGGCUCGCCGGGGGACGUGAGGAUGCGCAACACCGCCAGCAGUGAGAGCGUGCUCACCGACCUGAGCGAGCCCGAGGUCUGCUCCGUCCACAGCGAGAGCAGCGGAGGCAGCGCCGGCCGGGAGGCCUUCCCCUGCGCCGGCCAGUGCUGCUCCGACGGCCCGGCCAUGCUGGACGCCGCGGUGCUCAGCCCCAGCCUCCCGCGGUCCCCCAGAGACAUGCCCAGCUACCCCUUCCACGCGAAGAAUGAGAAACCCGGCCGGACCCGGGCCAAGUCCUUUCUGAAACGCGUGGAGACGCUCCGAGGGAAAGGCGCCCAGGGGCGGCCCAAGGGGCCAGGGCGGACGGGGGGCUUGGUGAUCAGCGGGCCCGUCCUACAGCAGGAGCCCGAGUCCUUCAAGGCCAUGCAGCGUGUCCAGAUACCAAACGGAGACGUCCAGAGCCCGGCCCUGGCCGCCUGGCCCGCAGGGGGCCCCGGCUGCGGCCUGCGGAGCGGCGAGAGCAGCCCCUCGGAGCACGGCGGCGGCGGCGGCGGCGGCCUGCGCACGCCCAGCCCCAAGGAGCGCAAGUGCCAGGAGGCGCACAAGCGCGGGGGCAUGUACCUGGAGGACCUGGACGUGCUGGCCGGCACAGCGCUGCCGCGGGGCACCACCGACCAGAACCACACGCACGCCUUCCACUCCCAGGAGAACUUGGUCGUGCACGUGCCGAAGGACCACAAGCCCGGCACGUUCCCCAAGGCACUGUCCAUCGAGAGCCUCUCGCCCACGGACGGCAGCAACGGGGUGAACUGGAGGGCCGGCGGCGUCGCCCUGGGCGGCGGGCAGCAGGGCCCUGGGGCCCGGGAGCCCGGGCUCAUGGCGUCCUGCCACAGGGCCAGCCGAGUCAGCAUCUACGACAACGUCCCCGGCUCCCACCUGUACGCCAGCACGGGAGACCUGCUGGACCUGGGGAGAGAGGACCUCUUCCCUCACCUGGACGACAUCCUGCUGCAGGUCAACGGGCUGCAGGAGGUGGUGGACGACUGGUCCAAGGACCUGCUGCCGGAGCCGCACGCCAGGGGCACCGCCGCGCUGGGGAAGCCGGGCUCGUGCCCCUUCCCGCCGCAGCCGCACCAGAUUGCCCUGGACUUCGAGGGCAGCUCCGUCUCCGAGGGCCAGACCACGCCCAGCGACGCGGACAGGGACGGCACAUCGCUGAACGGGUCGGAGGCCCCCGGGGCCCGAGACAGGAGGGAUUCUGGGGUCGGGGCCUCUCUGACCAGGCCCAACAGGCGACUCCGGUGGGACAGUUUCCAGCUCUCGCACCAGCCGCAGCCCUCCACGGCCUCGCUGCACAUCAGCCACCUGAGCGCCGGGCAGCUGAGCCUGCUGCAGCGCGUGUCCCUGCUGCGCCUGACGGCCAUCAUGGAGAAGCACUCCAUGUCCAGCAGGCACGGCUGGACCUGGUCAGUCCCCAAGUUCAUGAAGAGGAUGAAGGUGCCGGAUUACAAAGACAGGACCGUCUUUGGCGUCCCCCUCAUCGUACACGUGCAGAGGACGGGGCAGCCGCUGCCGCAGAGCAUCCAGCAAGCCCUGAGGUAUCUGCGCAGCAACUGCCUGGACCAGGUGGGCCUCUUUCGAAAAUCGGGCGUGAAGUCCAGGAUCCAGGCCCUGCGGCAGAUGAACGAGAGCUUCCCCGACAACGUCAGCUACGAGGAGCAGUCGGCAUACGAUGUGGCGGACAUGGUGAAGCAGUUCUUCCGGGACCUGCCCGAGCCCCUGUUCACCAACAAGCUCAGCGAGACCUUCCUCCACAUCUACCAGUACGUCCCCAAGGAGCAGCGGCUGCAGGCGGCGCGGGCGGCCACGCUGCUGCUGGCGGACGAGAGCCGGGACGCCCUGCAGACGCUGUUGUGCUUCCUGCACGACGUGGUCAGCCUGGUGGAGGAGAACCAGAUGACGCCCAUGAACCUGGCCGUGUGCCUGGCCCCCUCGCUCUUCCACCUCAACCUCCUGAAGAAGGAGAGCUCCCCCAGGGCCGCCCCCUGCGCUUGCAGAGUCAUCCAGAAGAAGUACGCCACCGGGAAGCCAGACCAGAAGGACCUCAACGAGAACCUGGCGGCCGCGCAGGGCCUCGCCCACAUGAUCGCCGAGUGCGACCGGCUUUUCGAGGUCCCGCACGAGAUGGUGGCCCAGUUCCGUGACGCGUACGUGGAGGCCGCGAUCCAUGCCCCGACGCUGGAAGACCUGGGGUCCCAGCUGGAGGACAGCGGGGCCACCCUCCACACCUACCUGGACCAGCUCCUCCAGGGCCUGCAAAAGGAGGCCAAGGAGAAGUUCAAGGGAUGGGUGGCGUGUGCCAGCGCAGACAACACGGACCUGGCUUUCAAGAAGGUGGGCGACGGGAACCCCCUGAAGCUGUGGAAGGCCUCGGUGGAGGUGGAGGCCCCGCCGUCCGUGGUGCUGAACCGCGUGCUGAGGGAGCGCCACCUGUGGGACGAGGACUUCGUGCAGUGGAAGGUGGUGGAGGCCCUGGACACGCAGACGGAGGUCUACCAGUACGUGCUCGGCAGCAUGGCCCCCCACCCCUCCCGGGACUUCGUGGUGCUCAGGACCUGGAGGACCGACCUGCCCAAAGGGAUGUGCGCCCUGGUGUCCGUGUCGGUGGAGCACGAAGAGGCCCAGCUCCUGGGCGGCGUGCGAGCCGUGGUGAUGGACUCGCAGUACUUGAUAGAGCCCUGCGGCUCCGGCAAGUCCAGGCUGACGCACGUCUGCAGGGCGGACCUGAAAGGCCACUCCCCAGAAUGGUACAAUAAAGGCUUCGGGCACCUGUGCGCGGCGGAAGUGGCCAGGAUCAGGAACUCUUUCCAGCCGCUCAGCGCGGCGGAGGGCCCGGAAACGAAGAUCUGAGUCCGCCCCGGGGGGCCCUGGAACUCAGGGAAGAGGAAGCGACAGCGACCCCUUGCGGGAGAGAGAAGGGUCGACGCCCACCCACCGGAGACACCGCCGCCGAGCGGUCGGUCGGAGUGCGCACGCUGCGGGAGCCCGUGCGCGCCCGCCUGCCCGCCCAGCCUUCCUGGAGACGGCUAUGUCAUUACUAAUAUAAUAUUUUUAAAAAUUAAAGCAUUUAUCUAUGUUACUUAAAAUUAAAUGGAUUUUCUCCCUGUGCAUUGCCUAAUUUGCUAUUUAUAGGCUUCUAAGAAGCAUAUCCUUAACUGUAAAUAAAUGUAUGUAUAGCCUAUGUACAGGUGUGUAUAUCUCUCUUCUGCUGUAUAAUAUGUAAAGGAUCGAUUUUAUAUAGAGUUGCAUAUUUUGAAACGCA